UCGCACCAACAACCACCAGACCCUCUCUGUUCGGAACCGAACCCUAGAUAAAGUAUCUGGCACCACCAACCAACCAACCCACGAGCUCAACGACGACGGCCGAUCACGAUGGGUUCCGAUGAGGAAGAUCACCCCACCGCCGUCUACGGCGAAGAAGAUAUCGACGAAGAAGAUGAUGAAGAGAGCGAAGAAGAAGAGCAUACCUUACAGAAUCGACACGUUGAUGAGGACGAUGUUGACUUGAUCGAUGUCAUGGAGGAUGAUGAAGAAGAGGACGAUUCUAUGUCUUCCGCCGCAGGUGAAGUCACGAUCGCCGUCGCCGGUAUUCCGAACGUCACCACUACUGUUGCCGCUACUCCAACAACAGCGACAACUACCACCACUUCGCUUGUUCGAUCUGACGCCAUUGUAGAAGUGAAGAAGCCUGUGGCUUUAGACGAUUCGCGACGGCUGUUUCAGCGGUUAUGGAACGAUGAGGAUGAAAUUGAGCUCUUACAGGGGUUCCUUGACUACACUACGCAGCGAGGGACGAACAAUUCUUCACAUCACCACCACGAUACGGCGGCCUUUUAUGAUCAGAUCAAAGGUAAAUUACAGUUAGAUUUCAACAAAAACCAGUUGGUUGAGAAACUUAGAAGAUUGAAAAAGAAGUAUCGAAAUGUCCUCAGUAAGAUCAGUUCUGGCAAAGAGUACGUAUUCAAAAGCCCUCACGAUCAAGCUACUUUCGAUCUAUCCUGCAAGAUCUGGAGUGGUAUCGCAGCUACCACCGUCUCCACCCCUGCCACUGCUGAUGGUGGAGGAAUUGAUGAUGAUGAACCCCAUAACCCMAACCCUAACCCUAACUUCACUUUCAAUUUGAACGAGCAUAAUGGUAACGAUAUUGCUGAUCCCAAUAGUUCAGAGAAGAAGGUGCCAAGGCCACGAAAGCGAUCAAGGUCGUCUGCAGUUAAAAUCGAAGAGAAUUUCAAUCAGCAGCAUCAAUUUAGUCAAUCAAUGGGGGCAGGGGCUGGGGCUGGGGCUGUGGCAGGGGCUUCGAAUCCUGCAAUCCCCAAUGUGGUUGAAGAAACUGUGAAGAGUUGUUUACUACCAUUGUUCAAGGAAUUGGUUAACAAUUCGCCUAACGGACCUUGUGGCAAUUCAAGGGGGUUAGGGUUAGGAUUAGGAGGGAUGAACAUGAAUCCUUUUGGUGGGUCAAUGAAUUUCUCCAUUGGAGAUAUGACUGAUGAUAAGUGGAGGAAGCAACACAUAUUAGAAUUGGAGGUUUAUUCAAAGAGAUUAGAAUUGAUGCAGGAUCAAAUAAAGUCUAGAUUGGAGGAGCUCAGAUCAAUGGGGAGUUGAUGAAAUCUCUGCAACCACCUUUGGAUGCUACCAUUGAGUGCUUUCUAGAGGUCAUAAUUAUUUUCUUGUUUUUUAAGUUCAUUAGUUUCAUGGUCAUAUAAAAUGGUGCAUACUGAAUUCAGCUAUUAUAAUAUGCUUAGUGGUUAUCUCUUUUUCCUUGUAAUGUUUGUUGUUAAAUAAUGUUAGCUUAAGUGUUUAGCCUUUCA